AUGGACGGUAAUUCACAUAAUGCAACAAGAGAACUCAUACGAUGGAUACUGGCUAACACUCAUCAAGAACAACAUUCUACUAGUGUACAAUGUCAUUAUAUUCAUUGUACAUUUUCUAUCAACGAUUAUGAUGAUCAUAAUAGUACAUGUCGUGUAACACCAAUAAUGUCAAUACCGGAUGAGAUUGAAAAGAAUUCCAAUGCUAUAAAAAUUGCACAAUAUAUUCGUUUAUAUAUUUAUCCAGUAUUUAUUUUAAUGGGUAUAUUUGGUAAUAAAUUAUCAUGUUUUAUUAUGUUUUUUAAUGCUCGUCGUAGUGGUUAUCCAGCAAGUCUUUAUUUAACAUUAUUAGCGUUAGUUGAUUGUUUAUAUAUAUUAACUAGUGCACUACCUGAUUGGAUGUCAGAAAUAAAUAGUAGAUUUAAUAUAAAAAUUUUAUCAGAUUUUUCAUGUCGUUUGGUUUAUUUCUUUGGCAAUUUUACAACACAUUUAUCAGCUGGUCUUGUUGUUGGUGUUACUGUUGAACGCUUUAUUGCUGUACAAUAUCCAUUAAUUGCACAUAAAAUUAAUACUAUUACACAUACACGUAUAGUAUUACUUAUUUUAACAAUAUUUUUCUUUUUACUUGAUACUCCAAUAUUUACAUUUGUUAAACAUAUAAAUGAAAGUAUACAUAUUGUAUUAGCAUGUAAAAAUGAAACAUCUUUUCCUUAUACAAGACAUGAUACAGUUCGAUGUGGUGUAACAGGUAAACGUUAUGAACAAAAAUGGGUUUAUAUUGAUUUUGCAGUUUAUAAUUUAAUACCAUUUGUAAUAAUUAUUACACUUAAUUCAUUAAUUAUACGUCGUUUAAUUGAUGCACAACGUUUUCGACAACGUAUGUUUCGAUUUAGUAAUUAUUCAUCAAGACAAAGUCAACAAGAUAUAAAACAUCGACAUUGUUCUAAAAGUCAUCAAACUAUGGAAAUGAAUGAAAAACAACAACAACAACAUCAUCAUCAUCAUCAUCAUCAUCAUUUUCCACGUUUUCAGUCUGUUUCAGAAACAAAACCAUUAGUUAUUCUGUUACAUCCACAAUUGAGUCAAUCUGAAGAACGACGUUUACGUUAUAGUACUAAACAAUCAAGUACAUCAACUGAAUUAUCAACAAUAUCAUAUGACAUGAAAAAUCGUUCACGUCAUCAAUAUGAAAUGUCAUCUAUACGUCAUAAAUCAAUAAAUACAUCGAAUUCAAAUCAUACACGUUUAACAAUAUUAUUAUUAUUUGUUUCAUGUUCAUUUUUACUUUUAACAUUACCAGCUGUUGUUUGGAAUUUAAUUAUGUCAAUAAAAUUACAAACAAGAUCAUCAAUACUUCAAAAUAUUUAUAUUAAUUCAAUAACAACUGACAAUACUGAUUCUCUUACAGUUCUUUAUUAUACACUUGCACGUUUAUUAAUGAUUAUAAAUCAUUCAAUAAAUUUUAUUCUUUAUUUCGUACUUGGUAAACGUUUUCGUCAUGAUUUAAAACAAUUAUUUAUGGGUUAUUGGAGAAGAUUAUAUCGAUGA